AUGCCAAACAAAGCAGAUCCCGAGAAGAAGACGUUGGCUUCAGAAGCUCACUCGGGCUUCAGCAAACGGAAGAAGAAGAAGGACAGGACCAGAGAGACGAUGGAGACUCAAGAUGCUGGAUCAGAAGCGGCUCUUCCGAGCUACGAGAAGAUGGUCAAGGAUCAGUUGAAGGCGUUUGCCAACAGACUUCUGAAGGUUCCUGUGAGUUUUGAAUUUAAUUUUUUUAUUUUAAUUUUUCAAUUUUGAAAUGUAAAAUUUCAGUUUUAAUCUAAAAUUUUUAUAAAAAUAUAUUGUAGUAGAUUUUAUUAGUUUUUUUAGAUAUUACCCGACAAAACCAUUGCUGAAACGAAUAUUACUCUCACUGAAGUGACCGAGCUUACCUACCGCGCCCGCGAACGGCUUAUGGGUGAACCUGGAUUCGUCCGAGUUGCCCCAGGGAUCUGUGUGUUUGGCGAUAUCCAUGGGCAAUAUCAGGACUUCAUAGUAACUUUUUUAUUCAUUAUUUAUAAAAAAAAUAUUUUUAAGCCAGUAAAAGUUUUUUUCUGCUUAUAUGUCAAUAUUUUUUGAUUGAAUUCCUCAUAACUAUUGAAACGAUACCAAAACUUUCAGAAAAUGUUAGAGAAGACAGGAGUACCACCAAAGCAGCGAAUGCUAUUCUUGGGAGAUUAUGUCGACAGAGGACCCUACAGUCUUGAGACCGUAUGCCUACUGUUGACUUACAAGGUUCUGUACCCAAAACACAUUUAUUUGCUCAGAGGGAAUCACGAAACCAGGGCCGUGAAUACACAGUACGGGUUUAUAGAAGAGUGCAGAACACGCUACGGGACUGAAAGUAAGAGUAGACGUUAUUUUUAGACUUAAUAUAGAAGAGGUAAUUUUAUAAAUUACUGUUAGCCAUUUUAAUCUCUAACCACGGCCAUUAACAGAAUAUUUCCAGACGGUAAUGCUACCUACACCAACAUGAUGCACGUGUUCAACUGUAUGCCUGUCGCUGCUCUCAUUGCAAAUCGUAUCUUUUGUUGUCAUGGUGGUAUCUCGGAGUAUUUGCACAGUUUCAACCAGUUCAAGAACAUUAUCAGACCAUGUGAUAUCACUGACACUGGAAUGUUGUGUGAUCUGAUCUGGUCAGACCCCAAUGCCUGCGGCAAAGGAUACGAACAGUCACCACGGUCUAUUUCACAAGUAAAGUCUUACUUUCUGAUGUCAUGCUGAAUACUGUGGUUAUUGAGACUGCGAUAUAUUUCUUGCUUCGAGAUAUUGUAAAAUGAAUUAAUAGGUUACUGUAUAUUAUACAUGACAUUUACAGACUUUUGGAGCUGAUGCUGCAGCCGAGUUCUGUGACACUUUGAAUAUAGACCUAGUCAUCAGAGCACAUCAGUGUGUCAAUGAUGGUGUUGAGUUUUUAUUAAACGACAGGCUGAUUACCGUAUUCAGCGCUCCGUUUUACUGUAACGAAACUGACAAUUUAGCUGGAAUGGUCUGUGUCGACAAAAACUUGAAUAUACAAGGUUAUCAGAGCAAGUAGGUUAUAGUUUUUAAGAUUUUAUUAAAAUCUAUAAUUACCAUUCGUAUUAACACGCAGACUAUGAAAAAUGCAAUAAUUUUAUAUUAUUUUAGAUCUAUUUUACGUGAGUAUCCGCCAAAACAAUCAGAAAAAGAAAAAGAUAAGGAAAAAGAAGUUGUCAAAGACAAAGAAAGCCCAAAGGAAAGUAAUGCUAGUGAUCCAAAGUAA